AUGGUGGAAUUUAUUCGUAUGGAGGGAUGGCUAGACACCCCUGUCAUGAGCGGUGAGGAACAGACACAGGACAAUCGUAAAGUUAAUAUUCUUCACUGGAAAGGUCGACACAGAAAUCAGAGACAAUGGCGGACGGAAGUUGCUGUCACUGGCCGUAGAGAACGUGGACGACGUAAUCCCGUGCCGUGCCGUCCUGUGCCGUCCUGUGCCGUGUUUGCUGAUGUCUUGGUCACUAAGCGAGUUAUCGUAGCCGUAGUCAUGUUUGCGUGCUACUUGCUACUAACAAUGCUUUUGGUUGACAGAGAAAGGGUGAGACCCGGAAUGCCCUUUUUACAUCGUACAUCGCUCUUAAACUUCUUUUUCUACGCAAGCACAUCCUUUGAUCAGAAAAAUACUUGCCUACUCAUCAUUGGUCAGAGACUUGAGAACUCAGCAAUUAUAUUAAACAUGAACGACCAUAAUAUUGGUAUUGUCGGUGCAGGCCUGGCUGGGUUGUAUUCCGCACUUCUCCUACAGGAAAAAGGGUACACCGUGAAAAUCUUUGAAGCCGCUGAUCGAGUGGGUGGCCGUGUUCAAACGCAUCACUUCACGACGGAUGAAAACCAGUAUUAUGAGGCGGGCGCAAUGCGAAUUCCCGUUACAAAACUACAGGACACUAUCUUUUCACUUAUUAGAUAUGUCAACAGUCAUGAAAGACUUCCGCAAACAAUGGCCAUCCGAUUGAUUGACUAUAUUUGUCAUCACGAAGGAAAUUAUUCACAUUUUGGAUCUACAAUAUCUCGAAUUCCGGUGACAGAUGUCACGCCCGCUAGCGCAGGUUGGAUAGAUGUCCCUGAGCCGUAUCAAAAUAGGAGUGCCGGAGAUCUACUGAACAGCGCACUUGAGGAACUGACUCAAGGCCUUAACAACGACUUCAAUGACAGAAUUGAAUGGAUUGUCAAGAACUACGACCAAUGUACCCUUCGGUGCUAUCUGAUAGAGCACAAGAAUUGGUCGCCUUCUGUUGUCUCCUUUCUUGAAGCAACGCUCUUUUACCCUAAUGCAUUUUCUUGCAGUAUCAUCGAUGCAUGCAUAAAGAAUUUGCAUUUUAGCUCAAAAGACUGGAAAACGAUAGACCAAGGAAUGAGCCGCUUGACUGAUGCGAUGGCUUAUCUAGUUGGCCACGAGAAUAUCACUCUUGGGGCUAAUGUAACGGAGCUUAUCAACACUGGCAACCAAAGAGUUGCCGUUAAAGCUAAAUGUUCUGAUAGGGUUAUCAGCGCGGAGUUUGAUCGGGUCAUACUGGCUAUACCACCACCUGCGUUGAGAUCGAUAACCAAUAGGCCACGCUGGUCAACCAGGAAAGAGCUGGCCAUACGUUCACUAAUUAUGGAACCAGCAUACAAAGUUGGACUGCGCUUCAAAACUAGAUUUUGGGAGCAAUUGUCGUCCGGAGGUAGCAUGGGUGGACAAAGUGAAACUGACCUUCCUAUCAGAUUACUUAUGUAUCCAUCGUAUGGUAUGGGGACCAGCGGACCAGGCGUGUUGAUAAUUUACCCGUGGUUUACGGAUGGCCAAAGCUGGAUCCCCCUUACGGUGGAGCAGCGUCAGGGGCUUGCUCUGGAUUUUAUUGCAGAGUUAUAUCAGGACCAAUGUGAUCAGUAUGGUAAUAAGAUUGAUGUUCAUGAGCAAUUCAUCGAGGCAUCAGAAGUUAUAUGGUCUGAGUCAACAGGAAGUGGACUGACAGCGCCUCAACCUGGGCACCUAUCCACUCACCUGGAAUGGGCGAGGAAUGCUGAGAAUAACAUUUUCUUUGCCGGUGGCCAUCUGUCUUAUCACUAUGACUGGAUUCUGGGUGCUGCGCUUUCGGCAGUACAGGUAGUCAAGGACAUACUACAAGCAGAUGUACAACCCUUGAGUGAUGUGUCCAUGGAAAAGGAAUCAAGGUCAUAG